AUUACACUUUACGACACAAUCUUUGUGAAAGUUUUCUGGUUUUGUUUUUUGUGUUCUUCCUCCGACCUCAUCGCAAGGAGAUGAAUGUUUGAAGGACUCGCAAAAAGAUAGGCGCCGAGGAUGCGGCACGCUCGCCCCGGGGGCGGCUGGGCGGAGCUCGAGGUCACGUGACUGCCUAGGCCCGCCCCCCGCUGCAGCUGAAGACUUCCCCUCCCGCAGUGACAGAGCCUCUGGUCCGUGGUCGGUACUGUUUGUGCACCUCGCGCCCCGGCAGAGGCCCUGCUCCGUCUUUAUCUUCAGCCUUGGGCUGGGAAGCUGGGAGGUAAAUUAACAUGAUGGAUUUCUCCAAGCUACCCAAAAUACUUGAUGAAGAUAAAGAAAGCACAUUUGGUUAUGUGCAUGGGGUCUCAGGACCUGUGGUUACAGCCUGUGACAUGGCCGGUGCAGCCAUGUAUGAGCUGGUGAGAGUGGGCCACAGUGAGUUGGUUGGAGAGAUUAUCCGAUUGGAGGGUGACAUGGCAACUAUCCAAGUGUAUGAAGAAACUUCUGGUGUAUCUGUUGGAGAUCCUGUACUCCGUACUGGUAAACCCCUCUCGGUAGAGCUUGGGCCUGGCAUCAUGGGAGCUAUCUUUGAUGGUAUUCAGAGACCUUUGUCAGAUAUCAGCAGUCAGACUCAAAGUAUCUACAUUCCAAGAGGAGUAAACGUCUCUGCUCUUAGUAGAGAUGUCAAAUGGGAUUUUACACCUUGCAAAAACCUACGGGUUGGUAGUCACAUCACUGGUGGAGAUAUUUAUGGAAUUGUCAAUGAGAACUCACUCAUCAAACACAAAAUCAUGUUACCCCCACGAAACAGAGGAACUGUAACUUAUAUUGCUCCACCUGGAAAUUACGAUACCUCAGAUGUUGUCUUGGAGCUUGAAUUUGAAGGUAUAAAGGAAAAGUUUAGCAUGGUCCAAGUAUGGCCUGUACGUCAAGUUCGGCCUGUCACUGAGAAGCUGCCGGCUAAUCAUCCCUUGUUGACUGGCCAGAGGGUCCUUGAUGCCCUUUUUCCAUGUGUACAGGGAGGAACUACUGCAAUUCCAGGGGCUUUUGGCUGUGGAAAGACAGUGAUAUCACAAUCUCUAUCCAAGUAUUCCAACAGUGAUGUGAUCAUCUAUGUAGGAUGUGGUGAACGAGGAAAUGAGAUGUCUGAAGUCCUCCGGGACUUCCCAGAGCUCACAAUGGAAGUUGAUGGUAAGGUGGAGUCAAUUAUGAAGAGGACAGCUUUGGUAGCCAAUACCUCCAAUAUGCCUGUGGCUGCUAGAGAAGCUUCUAUUUAUACUGGAAUUACGCUGUCAGAAUAUUUCCGUGACAUGGGUUAUCACGUCAGUAUGAUGGCUGACUCUACCUCUAGAUGGGCAGAGGCCCUUAGAGAAAUCUCUGGUCGCUUAGCUGAAAUGCCUGCAGAUAGUGGAUAUCCUGCAUAUCUUGGUGCCCGUCUGGCCUCUUUCUAUGAGCGAGCAGGCAGGGUAAAAUGUCUUGGAAAUCCUGAAAGAGAAGGAAGUGUCAGCAUUGUAGGAGCAGUCUCUCCGCCUGGUGGUGAUUUUUCUGAUCCAGUUACAUCUGCUACUCUUGGUAUUGUUCAGGUGUUUUGGGGCUUAGAUAAGAAACUAGCUCAACGUAAGCAUUUCCCCUCUGUCAACUGGCUAAUCAGCUAUAGCAAGUACACGCGUGCUUUGGAUGAGUACUAUGACAAACACUUCACAGAAUUUGUUCCUCUGAGGACCAAAGCUAAGGAGAUUCUGCAGGAAGAAGAAGACCUGGCAGAAAUUGUACAACUUGUGGGAAAGGCUUCUCUAGCAGAAACAGAUAAAAUCACUCUGGAAGUAGCAAAACUUAUCAAAGAUGAUUUCUUACAACAAAAUGGAUAUACUCCUUAUGACAGGUUCUGUCCAUUCUACAAGACAGUCGGGAUGCUGUCCAACAUGAUUGCAUUUUAUGAUAUGGCCCGUAGAGCUGUUGAAACCACUGCACAGAGUGACAAUAAGAUCACAUGGUCCAUUAUCCGUGAGCACAUGGGGGAGAUCCUCUAUAAACUUUCCUCCAUGAAAUUCAAGGAUCCAGUGAAAGACGGUGAGGCAAAGAUCAAAGCCGACUAUGCACAACUUCUUGAAGAUAUGCAGAACGCAUUUCGUAGCCUUGAAGAUUAGAACUGUGAUUUUUUUUUCCUUCCUUUCUUCGGCAGGCUCUCACAUGUGUAUAUUUUCCUAAAUUUCUCAUCUCCAAACCCUUGCUUCUUUACUGUGCAGCUUUAAGACUAGUGCCUAUGUGUGUUCUCACUUGUUUCCCUGUUUAUCUGGUAGGUCUUCUAUGAAACAAACAUUCCUUUGUUCCAGUGUUUGAAGAACCUCCGUGAUCCUUUCUCCGAAGUGGUGAAUGUAGUAAAUAUGAUAUAUAAUGGCUACACUACUGUAAACUUAUCUGUGGGGUGACAUCCCUCUUUGUCCUAGGUUUGCCCUUUCCUCAUCUCCAUUAAAUCGUAAACAGGACUACUGCAUGUACUCUCUUUGCAAUAGAUUUGGAAUGGAAGGCCAGAUUUCUAUACAUUUUGACAGGUACUUUGUGAAAUGACUCAAUAUCUAUGUGGUAAGGUUUAUAAUUGCUUUUUUAAAAACAUGAAUGAUUAAUGUUCCAAUUAUGCAUUGCUUCCCCCAGUGUAAAUCAGGAAUGUUUAUAGGAAACUGUUGGGAACUCUACUGUUUUUAAAACAGGCAUUUGUGGGACUCAGCACAGUGUAUGAAAUCACUACCCUCUAAAAAAGUGGAAAAGGAGCCAGGUGGUCAAACUUAAACAUCAUCUUGUUAAAGCAUAUUUUAUUUCAGUAUGAAAAAUUCAGUAUCAAGGACUAUACUACUACGUAACUAGGAAAUUCUUUUUAAAAAUUGCAUUUAAAACAAUCACUGGGAACUUGAUCCACAUCAAACCCUUUUCUUUUCCUCAAACACCUUAGAAGCCUGAGCUUCUAAGAAUCAUGUGGCAGUGUGGUGGGCAGUGAAAUGCCACAGAGAAAGUAUUCAGUGUGGUUAAAGGCUGUUUGCACCAUUAAGGACCCGCUGGACUGUAGUGAUUCUUGGGGCCAGAGUGGCAUUGCGUUUUUACAAGAUAAUGAUGUGUGUCAUGUGUUUGCAUGUUUCUCGGCUUAUUGAACUUUUGAACAACCAGUUUACUGGCUCAAAAGAUUUCUCAGAAUAUCUGUAGCAAUAGCAGCAUAACAGUUUCCAUUCUGUUUAAUAGGGAUGAAAUUAAUUCUUAAUAUCUGCUGAUGCCAGAAUCUGGGUCGUGUGAUGAAAAGAUAAUUUCAUCUUGUCUUUUAAGUAUAUGUUUUAAAAUAAUAAUUUCUGUGUCUGUAUAAGGCACACUGCGGAACAGCUCUGAGAGCAACAGUUUCUCAUUAACUCUUUCUGACCAAUAGUGCUGGCACCGUUGCUUCCUCUUUGGGAAGAGGAAAGGGAAUGUGAACAGGUCAAACAAUCUCAAAUACCCAAAUGCAAUAGCAUAAAUAAAGUAUUUAUUUUAUGCCUCAGUAUAUUAUUAUUUAAUUUUUAGGUAACAUAUUUCUUUUGGUCUGUUAAGGAAAGAUGCCAUGAGUAGAGAAUUCAGCUCUAGUUUGUUUAAAUCCUUUCAUUGCAUUUUUUUACAGUGGCUUGCUAUUCAGGAUAGAUACUCUUCUAUGCAGCUUUUUUUUUUUUUUUUUUUUUUUUUACCUUUCCAAAUAUUAGAAGAUAAAAAUUAUGCAGUGAUUUGUUGAGAUAUGGACUUAAUGGUGCUGCUUUAUCAGUUUGCUUCCAAUGUGGCCUCCUACCCAGAGGCCCUAAGACCCGUGGAAAUGAAAAGGAUUUCAAAAAUGUUCUAUUCCUACCUUAAACCUACCAGCAAACUAGGAUUGUGAUAGUAAUGAAUGAUAGGAUGAAGAAAGUUUGACCAAGUUUUUUUUUUGUUGUUCUGAAUUUGCAAUGUAAUUUCUACUCCCUUUUAAGAAUGUUGAUGUAUGGAUGUGAAGAUGCUAGAGAUAGAAGAUGCUCUGAUAUUCAUUAUAAGUGUUCCUCCACCUGUAUGUUGUAGAAUUUCAAAUUGGUCACUGAUCAUAUUUGUUUGGUAAGAAUGUGUUAAAAUUACAACAAUCUUUUAAAAAGAUGAUGCAGUUCUAUAUUUAUUGUGCUAUGCCUGGUCCUAGGUGGAGCCAGUUAAACAAGUUUCAUAUGUAUUUUUCCAGUGUUAAAUCUCACACAUUGUACCCUUUGGAAAUUUCCUUCCAUCCUGAAGAACGAAUAGAAGAGGCCAUAUAUAUUGCCUCCUUAUCCUUGAGAUUUCACUAUCUUUAUGUUAAAAGUUGUGUAUAAUUGUUAAAAUCUAUGAAAGAAUAAAAAGUGGAUUUAAAUUAA